AUGGCGUCCAAAGGCGCCGUUCUGCCUCUAUUGAGGCGUGAAAUGCGGUCCUCCACUCGAUUCGCUCGAUCUUGCCCCUCCAUAUCCUCCGUCGUCUCCCAAUCUCGUCCCGCUCGCCUGUCCUCGACCUCUGAUCGCCAAUUUUUGCGCCGAGCUACUUUCGCUUCACCGAUCCAGACCCGUGCCUUUUCGCAAUCGGUAGUACGCCGAUUCACUGAUGAGAAUGGAGAUUUUGAUCCCCGGAAAUUGGACCGCGAGUCCGACGAGGUGGAUGUGUGCAUUGUUGGCGGUGGCCCCGCCGGUCUCGCUGCUGCAAUCAAGCUGAAGCAGCUCGCAAACGAAGCAGGAAAUGAGGAAUUCCGUGUUAUUUUGUUGGAGAAGGCUGGCGAAAUCGGCUCCCACAUAGUCUCCGGCAAUGUCUUGCAACCCACUGCCAUGAACGAACUCUUCCCAGACUGGCUGUCAGAAGAUAACCCUUCCCGCUUCGAAGGGGCGACCCCCGCCAAGGGCGAGAAAAUGCGUUUCCUCACAAAGACCGGCUCAUACCCACUCCCCGUUCCCCCGCAGAUGCACAACGACGGCAACUACAUUAUUAGCUUAAGUCAAUUGUCCCAAUGGUUGGCUGAGCGCGCGGAGGAGCUCGGUGUGGAGGUUUACCCUGGUUUCGCCGCUAGUGAGGUCGUUUACAAGCCAGAUGGAUCUGUGAAGGGUGUUGCUACCAACGACCUGGGCCUGGAUCGGGAGGGCAACGCCAAAGACACAUUUGAGCGAGGAAUGGAGUUCCACGCACGAGUCACACUUUUGGCGGAGGGAUGUCAUGGUAGUCUGACCAAGCAAGUGAUCAAGAAGUACGAUUUGCGACGAGACAGCGAUCCUCAGACAUAUGGUCUCGGAAUUAAGGAAAUCUGGGAAAUUCAGCCGGAGAAGUUCCGUCCAGGAGAGAUUGUGCACUCCAUGGGCUACCCGCUCCCUAAGGAUACUUAUGGCGGUGCCUGGAUGUAUCAUUUCGGCGAUAACAUGGUCAGUGUUGGUCUCGUGGUGGGAUUGGACUACCCUAACCCUUGGCUGUCACCAUAUGGUGAAUUUCAGAAGAUGAAGCACCACCCUAUGUUCAAGGAGGUGCUUGAAGGCGGUAAAUGUAUCUCUUAUGGUGCUCGUGCUCUCAACGAGGGUGGUUACCAGUCCAUUCCCAAGUGUGCAUUCCCCGGUGGUGCUUUAAUCGGAGACACCGCUGGAUUCUUGAACGUUCCUAAGAUCAAGGGUACUCACACAGCCAUGAAGUCAGGUAUGCUGGCUGCUGAGGCUGCCUUUUCUGCGCUGAAGGGCGAAGAUAACGGUACUGUGUUCCUUUUCGACUAUGAGAAAGCUCUCCGCGAUUCUUCCAUCUGGAAGGAGCUCUAUGAAGUGCGUAACAUUCGACCUUCCUUCAAUGGUCCUCUCGGCUUCUUUGGUGGACUUAUGUACUCUGGACUUGAGGCCUAUAUUUUCAAGGGUCGUGUACCUUGGACGCUCAGUCACCAUGGCACUGAUGCCGCGGCCACAAAGCCCGCCUCUCAAUAUAACAAGAUCGAUUACCCCAAGCCUGAUGGCGAGAUCAGCUUCGAUAUCCUCACUAGUGUGAGUCGCACGGGUACAAAUCACGAGGAAGAUCAACCGGUGCAUCUCCAAGUGGAGGACUGGGAAAAGCACAAGGAUCUUGCCUGGCCCAUCUACAAGGGAGUGGAGAACCGUUUCUGCCCUGCCGGUGUAUAUGAGUAUGUCGAGGAUCCUACCAAACAGCAUGGCGUGCGGUUCCAGAUCAACUCUCAAAACUGUAUUCACUGCAAGACAUGUGAUAUCAAGGUUCCUACUCAGGACAUCAACUGGCAGACUCCCCAAGGUGGCGAGGGUCCCAAGUACAUCAUGACAUAA